GGCUCAAAAGAACAGGGGCCACGCGGAGCGGGGCGGAAGAGUCGAGCGGUCAGUGCUGUGUCGACUGGCAAGCUCUGUGCUGGGAGUCGGCACCGGGAGCCGGUGGCGUCCAUGAACCCGGAAGUCGGACGAGCUUCCCGAUUCUGACCUGCUUGAAAUGCAAGGCUCUGGAGGUAUGGAUGGACAAAGCGGGUCCACGGGCACCCCUCCUGGAGGCAGCAUGGGUGCCUCCGAAGGAAAUGCCAUGGCGAAUGGCAUGGGCUGCGGCUGCAUGCCAUGUGGAUGCUGUGGGUGUCCAGGAUGCUGCGGCGGAUGUUGUGGAUGUCCAUGUGGCGGCAUGAUGAUGCCCAUGAUGCCAAUGAUGCCUUCCCCAAUGAUGCCGAUGAUGAAUCCUAUGAUGGGACUCAUGGCCGGAAUGGCCAGCAUGGCCAGCAUGGCGAAGGCCGCCAAGGAGAAGAAGAAGCCGCCAGAGCCUGAGAAGAAGGAAGAACCCAAAGAGACCACUCCUGCGGUGGAAGCCUUCAAUCCGGAGGAGCUUCAAAAGCGCUUGUUGAUUGCCCAGAGUGAAGCGGUGCAGGCCAAGCCUGCAGUAGACGCUGACGAGGAUGUGGACCAUCCUUCGCCAGAAAGACGUCCUUCGCCAGAAAGUAGUGAUGAUGAGGAGAAAGAGGAUCAUAGCGAAGAGCCUCCUAAGGACAAAGAGAAAGAAGAACCCCCUGCGCCAGGCACCGAAGCUCCUGCGCCCCCACAGGCGGACGACUCGGAAAGCUCUGAGGAUCCACCACCUUUGCCACAGAGUCCCAAGGGUCCUAAGGAAUCCAAGGAGAAGGAUCCGGAGAAGCUCGGUCCGUGGCCGGGCCCUCCGCCCAACACCGAGCGCAUGGAUCCGCGCAUGCUGGAGACGCUCAAGCAGCUUCGGGCGCUCCAGGGUGGUGCUGAAGAGCAGAAGGCCAAGCGAAUGAAGGCGGCCACCGCCGCGGCGGAAGAGAUCACCAUGUCCCUCGAGCGGAAGGACGCCGCGCCGCCGCCGGAGCCGCAGCCUCCGGCGCCCACGGAGCCGGUGCCCGCGCCGCCGGAGCAGGACGAGAAAGAGGAGAAGGAGGAUAAGGAGGAGAAGGAGGAGAAGGAAGACAAUCGCAUGGCGAUUGUGAUCCAUUGGAGUACUGUUCGGGGCUUUGGCAUUUUGCGGUCACAGGCGCACGGAGAGGUCACCUUCCAGGCGGCCUCCUUGACGAACACCAAAGAGCUCUCGGUGGGCGACAUGGUGACGUUUGAGAUGGGCUUCGACAAAAAGAAAAACAAACCCGAAGCGACCCACAUCUUCAAGGUGGGUGCUGGAGCUCCGGGAGAAACUUCGACCAGUUCCACCAAAGACUCCGAGGUCGAGAAGAAAGAUGCCAAGGAUUCAAAGGAAAAAGAGAAGGACAAGGGAAAGGAAAAGGAUAGCAAAGACAAAGGUGGCAAGAAAGCGAAAUCACGCUCUCGUCGCCGUCGUUCGUCUUCUUCCUCCUCUUCCUCGUCCUCGUCGUCCUCGUCCUCCUCGAGGAAGAAGAGACGACGAAAGUCGCGGUCGCGGUCGCGCUCGAAGCGCCGCAGAAGAUAGGUUCAUUGCGGGAAGCAGCGCGCCACUCGCGGCAUGAGUGGUAGCGGUUGAUUCGUGGUAGCGGUUGAUGAGGUAACUUCGCAAAGCGCACGAAAUGU